GAAUACUAAACUGGCAGCAAUCUGACAUCAAUAGACAGUUCGAUUUUCUUUUAAAGGAACGUGUGAAUGCAUUGUGACUUUUUAUAGUGACUUGACUCCGAGCCAAUUUACAUAAAGACAGUGAAUGCUUAUCAGCGCCCCCCUACCCAAUGCCGCCGCCUCCGCACUAAUACUCGUACAUAUAUAUAGGUCCAGGAACGGAAGGUAACUUGUCUGUACUCGAAAUCCACUUGGGCUUGUUCAGUGUGACGAUGAGUUACGAAAACACGACAUUUGAAGACUCGCCAGAGACUCUUCAGAAAAAAUCGGUAAAUACCUAUUUGGUUGAGGAAGAUGUCUUGCAUCGUGAGGAAGAAAUUAAGGAGCAGGGGGGAGAAAAUAAAAUUCAAGAAGAUUCACGCGAAAGAAGAACGCGCCUCCUUAAGCAGGCCCUGAUGGUGUUUCUCAGCAGCCUAGGAAUGUGGACCACCGGUACAGUCAUCGGCUUCUCAUCAGUUAUCGCCUACGACCUGGAAACUCACAACACGACCAUUUACGGAGAUCCAGUUGCCCUCUCCAGCGAGGAGUUCGAUCAGCUGAGCAGCCUGAAAACUAUAGAGACCAUACCCGGUGCAUGUAUCAUAGCUUUAGUGAUGAUGCUCUGGGGACGCCGUCUGUGUAUGGCUGCGCUUGGACUGAUUAUGAUUGUGGGAUGGCUUGGAAUUGUCUUUAUACCUGGUGUGGACGGAAUGCUGAUUUCCAGAGUCAUAUCUGGAUUCGGAAUUGGUGGUCUCAGCAUUUCCAUCAACACGUACGUUGUUGAACUGGCUGACCGUGAGGUCAGAGGCACCAUGGCUAUUAUUGUCAAUACUGGGGCUGGCCUCAUUGGUGGUGAGUUGUUUAGCUCUUUUAGUUGA